AUGACGGGUUUUCGCCCGCCUCAAACAAUCAAAGGCAUCAUUAACGCUCUCCCCGACAAGGACGGUUCCUGGGAUGCUUUCCGCACUGUGCUCAAGGCUAGCAAGCUUCAAGCCGUAGACCCCGCGUCGCCCUCUUCGUACAAUUCCGGCAAUGUCUUUGGCCCAUCCGACCUCGACAUCCCACACUUUAUCCAAGAACCCAUCUUCAAACCCCGUCUCUCAGCCCGUGAAGUCACCGAAAUACUUCUUGCAGACAUGCUAGGCCACCCCAAGCGCUUCAGCGUAUUCCCGUCUCGGGGCAAGGAGAAUGACGAGUUGGCGGCUGCGAAAAUCAUCCUGGAUGUGUUCAAGCCACUCCAUGCCGGAACUGGACAGGGGCUCUGGAACGUGGUCAGUCCGCGGUUGAGCGACAAGUAUGUCUAUCCGCGUCGGGUGAAGGAUAUGCCGAAACGCAAGGACCUCCUACGCGAAACAGACGUCAGCGUGAACAUCAUGCCCUUCGGAAGUGUUGCGGACCUUCACCAUGAUAUCGGAUAUGGGACCGCGACCCUAGCACAAGGCGCGAAGCUAUGGAUCUUCUAUCCACCCACGAAAGAGAAUCUGGAUGCGGCGAGCAGGGCGUACACCGCCCCCCGCGGCAACCGGAGCCGCCUCUCCAAGAGCUUUAAGGAGAUGAGCAAUGGUAUCGUGUUCAUCCAACCGCAAAACACGACGGUGUGGGUCCCGCCGUUUUGCCCGCACGCGACCUUAACGCUACAGACGAGCAUCCUGGUCGGAAAGGAAUUGUACGCAAAGCGCAAGUUCCCACAGCGACUCGCGAACGGGAACUUGCACCUGGCCUGGGGGCGUGUGAAUGCCGACAAGAAGGCGCAGGAAAGCGAGGCCGCAGAACUCCUGGCACAUUUGAAGUCAGUGCUGAUGACGGACGAGAAAGUCCUACAUGCAGAUACGGUGCGAGCCUGGGAAUCUGGGCAUGGCGCUCUGAAACAGAUGGCUGGUGAUGGAAAGCACGGUCUAGAAGGCUUCGCAAAAGUCUGGGAUCAGUGUACAAAGUUGUGGAAUGAGUGUCCGCUGUGCAAGAUACAUGUUGGAGAAGGACGGGGCCAGGAAUCGGGCAGGGAAUUACGAUCGACGAGUUUCAUGACGCACUUUCAGAAGGCGCAUUGUGGAAAGUAG